UUUUAGGAAAGGUGAGCUUCCUAAGCUUGUGUAAGCUCACAAAGUAACUCUGUGUUACUUUUAAAGCCAAAUUAAGCAGCUGUCGAGGAAAUUUGCUCUAGACUUGCGGUUGUUGCAUGGAUACUUUGCACGGUAUGAGGCUGUCUCCAUAAAAGAUGUACCUGAAGGCUUGACGAAGAUGAAGCCAACUUCAAGGUAACAAAAUUUUAGAUAACAGGUGAAGAUCAACAGCUUCUACCUGAGAAGAUGCCGUCCUUAUUUGCGUGCCUUGUGUGUGGUGGAAGAGGGGAGAGUGAUGAUAUUCGAAUGCUAGACUAUUGUCAUGCUUCUCUCACUGAUGUUCCUUCUGAUGUCUUUGCCUGUGAACGUACACUUGAAGAGCUAUAUCUUGAUUCCAACCAGCUAAGUGAGUUGCCACGACAGUUGUUUUACUGCCAUGGUCUCCGGGUACUUGGUUUGAGUGACAACGAACUGUCAUCUUUACCUCCAGCUGUGGCAUCUCUUAUCAACCUUACAUCCUUAGAUCUUAGCAAAAAUGCCAUUUCCGACAUUCCUGAUAACAUCAAGGGGUGCAAGCAGCUAAGUGUGGUGGAUGCCAGCAUCAAUCCACUGUGCAGACUCCCUGAGGGAUUUACACAGUUGCUCUCAUUACAAGAACUUUACCUCAAUGAUACAUUUUUGGAAUACCUUCCUGCAAACUUUGGUCGGCUGUCACGAUUAAGGAUUCUGGAGCUUCGUGAGAAUCAACUUAACACUCUGCCAAAAUCCAUCGCACGCCUUACUAGCCUUCAGCGCCUUGAUAUUGGACAAAAUGACUUUUCAGAAUUGCCUGAGGUGAUUGGCAGUUUAGGAAGCUUGACUGAACUAUGGUUUGACAAUAACAAGGUGAAAUCACUUCCUCCUUUGCUGGGCCGACUGAAAAAACUGGUUCAUGUUGAUGCUUCGAAGAACAAGGUUGACUGGGUAGCUGGUGAACUGGAGAAUUGUGUUAUGCUCACAGAUUUACACCUUUCGUCUAACGAUCUCAAGAGACUUCCUGAGAAGUUGGGAGGGUGUCGACAGUUACAAGUAUUGAAACUUGAUGAUAACGCUCUCACCCACCUUCCUGAAACCAUUGGUGAGCUGUCUGCUCUUGAAGAAUUAGUUGUCACCCAGAAUGAUUUAGAAACUUUACCAGCAUCGAUGGGCCUCUUACGAGCUUUACACACUUUACAUGUUGAUGACAACCUUUUAACAGAGCUACCACCAGAACUGGGUUCUUGUUCCCGACUUACUGUCCUAACAGCAGCUUCAAACCACCUUACCAGUGUGCCUGCUGAGCUCGGUCACUUGCCCCGCCUUGCUGUACUUAAUCUCUGUGAUAAUCUCAUACCCCAUCUACCUGUGUCACUCACUAAACUAAAGCUGCGAGCCUUGUGGUUGUCGGAAAAUCAAAAUAAACCUCAGGUUCAACUACAGUCUGAGACGCUGCCUGAGACUGGUCAGCGUGUCCUCACGUGUUUUAUGUUGCCACAACAACCUCGUGUCCAACAACCAGAAAACGUGGUUGAAGCUGAUACUUUCCCGGGUCAAAGCUGGGAGGAACAGCGACGGGCCAAAACACUCAUUAAGUUUGCCUUUGAUGGUGAUGUUGAUAAACCAGGCCGCUUAAUGCGCGCCCCAACACCAUACCCAAAAGAACUAAAGGCAUUGGCAAAACAUGCUCGUAAUUUACACAGCUUGCAAAAGGAUUCAGCUCGUCAGUUUGUGCUUGGGCGUAGUCAGGAUUCCAGUAAAACUUCAUCAUCAAACAUAAUUGCAUCUACCAAGGAUGAAACAGACACAGAUUCGUCCAGAAAGGGAAUAGGGAGUGAGCUGAAGCAGCCAUUGUUAGAUCAGUCUAGUAAUGCAUACCCUCUUGAUGAUUCAAUAGAAUCAGAGGAAAUAAGCUCACCAUUAACAGUAAUAGAGCCUCAAGCUGAGGAACGUCCACUUUUACGUGAGGCUCGCAAUGUUCGUAACACUUAUGGAAAUAUACCUGCUUUGAGUAUCUCGAAUAAUGAAAAAAACUUCACCCUGACAAAUGGAACAAAGAAUAUUACCUCUGUGGCUACAAACCAUCCCUAUGCCACUGGAGAUAGAAAAGUUUGUGGAUAUGCGGAGGUUGUUGCAAUGACCCAGUCUCGGGAAAAAGCAGUUACUGAUCCUAACAAAUCUUUGGCAUCCAGUGUGGAGGACUGUAAAUCACAACGAACUACCCCAUCUGCAGCUGAGUCUUCCAUGCUGUCAUGCCCAGAAGCUACUAAUUCAGCUACCUUACCAGUUACAGUAGAAGGAGAAUUGACAGGCGAUUCAUUCGAUAAGCGCAUCAAGAAACCACCCCCAUAUCAUAUAGCUGCUGUGAUGUCAAGGCAUGCUGCAGACUUUAAUGAAUCUAGUGUGGAUGCUUCUUUAUGUCCUGGUGGACUUGAGAGCAGUAAUGGACCUGUUAAAGAGAUCUCGGAAUCAAAACAGCAGAGUUCAGCUGCCUCACAUUGUGUUGGUGCUGCAAUAGCAGCAGUAGCAGAAGAUGAGACCAAUGACACCAGUAGUUCGAGUGACAGUGGGUAUAGCAAUGGCAAGACAUCCAGUCAGCAAAUUAUUGAUGAACAGCAUUGUAGUGAUGGCAGUGGUAUCAACACUCCGUCGUCUCCUCAGAACCUGACUGACUCUGGUUUUUCAAUGCCUUCAAUAUCUUCACCACAAAGCAGCACAGAUGUAGCAUCUCCACAUUCUUUAAAUUCUUUGAUUAUGCCAGUUACUACUGCAGCAUCCCAAACUUCCUCCAUAUCAAUACCAUCUCCUGUCUCAGGAGAUGUAAUGCUAUCAGUAAACAACUAUUCACGUGCUGCACUUCAGAAUACACCUCCAACCACAGCACCAUCACUGUCUGUCUCUCACCCUUCCAGUGACUCUCCUCAGAAGUCCAUAUCAAAAACUGGUGAUACUCACAAUAUGACUCACAGUGGUGCAAUGUCUGGCACCAGACCAGCUUCUAUUGCCACUGGAACACAGUUAGAAAAGUGCAGUACUCCAGUGGUACAUCGACCAGGAUCCCUUGCAUUGGGAAACUUGGCAGAUACUGCUCUGCUCAACAGACUGCCUCGUGACCAUCGGCCAGGAUCUUUGGCUGCCCCUAUUAACACUCUGGGAAUACCACCAGCACCUGCUAGAGCUGCAUCCCACAUGGGGCUUAAUGUAACAACUCCAACUAGAUCGCAUGAUCUUCCAAUGUUCAAGAGUCAAGACUUUGCACAUAUAAGACGAGGAUGGACUCCAGACCUCCAAACUCAAAAUGGCGCUUCUAACCAUCGACAGGAGAGUAAUGGUCUCGUCUCCAUUAUUGAUCAGGUGACAAGCAGUUUAUUAGAGCAUGGUGAUAGUCCUCCUCCCAAGAUGUCUGCUUGCGAAGUAACGUCAUCCUUUGACUUAACAUCUUCAGUGGCUGCUCCUUCUAGUGGAUAUUCCCUAACUUCAACACAGUCGGAUAUUCAAGAUGCUUCUCUCAAAACUACUACUACAUCUGUAGAUACAGGGUUGUGUUUAGGAAGAAACUCAAGUUCUAGGGGACCUCAUGAAUACCAGGAUAGUAAUAGCUCGUCAGGUGGCAGAGUUGACUCUUCCAUGGCAUCUGUUGGGCCUGCAAACUUUACACAGGAUCAACCACGUGGAGAAGUACUGCACCCAACACCCCAUCGACCCCAUUUCUCUUCAUCUGCAAGACCUGCCCGUGUUUCCUUGCAAGAUCCUUUAUCAUCUGCCCAGGAUCCUCAUAGUGUUCCUUAUAAAAUUGAUGGUGGUGAGUCACAGUAUGAAACAAGUGAACUCAGUGAAACAGAAAGUGGUGAGGAGCAUUCUGAAACUUCUAUCUUAGCUCUGAAGGCUGCAUCAAAGCCUCAUUCAAGAAUUCCUUCUCUGAGUCCUGAAGUACUUCCUGGUAAUAAACACAUUUUUAAAGAUUCCCAUGUUUCUAGUCAAACUUAUUCUCAUCAGGAAUCCAGGAUUCCCACUUUGAAUAUUAUAGGACGUUCUAGUACUUUGACCAAUGAUGCCCACUCUUCAGUGGAAUCUAGAAUACCAAUCCCUGCUAGUAUGGGCAGAAGCUCUGGCAGUCUAGCUCAGGAAACAAGAGGGUCUUCAGAGUCCCAGAUUCCCUCUAUAAGUUCUAAAGUUGCAAAUUUGAGUAAUUCAUACUGUGAUAAGCAAGCACAGGAUGAAUCUCGCAUACCUGCAUUAAGCAGUGCUGGACGCAAUUCUAGUAAUGUAGUUUUUGACAACCGGUCUUUUUCUGAGUCUCGCAAACCUACAAUUCUACACUCCAGUAAUGAAUCCCAGAUAAUAAGCGAUUCCCGGAUUCCAGUGAUAGGAAUGAUGGGUAGAACCUCAAGUAACUUGACUCGUGAAUCCUUUGGCAUUGGCUAUACUAAACUUGGAAAUUCUGAUGUGACUGUAGGUAACAAAAAUUUUGUCUCCAACAAACCACUUGGGUCUGGAAGCACUGGGAAUAAUGGUUCUGGUAUUCCAUUGUUGUCCUCAAAAGGUAGAAGCAAUAGUAAUCUAGGGCCUGUCUUGCCUAAUGCUGGUAAUGUUUUAACUACCAUGAUCGGUGACUCGAACAAACACCUAUCUUACAGUUAUGUCUCCCAAUCUCAGAACCACGGAGAUAUUAGUCACGUAUCUUCAACAGCACGACUUCAGUCCCCAGGAUAUACAACUGGGAUUCGACCUCCCACCAUCCAUUCACCUAGUCAGCAGCAGCCUAUUCAGCCCAGUUUGAGCAGCUACCCUAGUGGUAUACGUCCUCCCACAGUUAAUGCAGCCAUUAACACGCCAGGUAUACCAAUACCAUUUCCUAUGUCACCGAGCAACCAUUUGGCAAACCCUGGCUCUCGAGGCUCCAUCACCUCUACUGGGUCAGCUUCUCGCAUCCCAAUGGCUUCAGGAGGAGCCCCAUCUAGACUGCCUGCUCCUAGCUCCAGCAAACACCGGAUAUCCCCUGCAGGAUCACAGUCCUCGGAUGGCAACAAAUCCAAUCAGUCAGCAUGGAUGUUUGGCCAGCAUAAAAAUGCCCGAGUGGUAUGUCAGAAUUUCCCGGUAGUGAUUGAGAAGAAUCCAGACUUGGGCUUUACUAUAGGGCAGUCCCAUACAGAUCCAGAGGAUAAGGUGAGCUAAAAGAAUAAACUUGGUUGCUUCAGAGAUCAAGUUAAGUUAAAAGUGGAGGUAACAGGUUAGAUUAGUUGCAUGUGGCUGGCCAGGCAAAUUAUGAGGCUUUGUGGGACUGGGCAGGUGU